AUGGUGGCGGUGGUGGUGAUGGCGGUGGUGGCGGCGCUGGUUGAGGGGAGCGGGGACCGGGCCCGUCCCGUCCCCGCUCCGCCGCCUCCUCCCGCUGGCCACGGACACACCAUGAGGUCUGUGCGGCUCCUUUUCGCCUCGCGGUGCCGUUGGGUCUCCUCCGGUCUCCCGCCGGGGCGGUGGGCAGGCUCCGAACAGCCCGGGAAGGCGCCGCGCCUGCUCCGGUCCCCGGGGGAGGGGCCGCUGAACGGCUGGAGGCCGUUCCGCUCCUCACAGGCGUCCUGCAAGCCGCCCGGUAGCGACUUGAGAGAGGGCGAAGCCGGCAGCAGCGCUGAAGCUGUUGGGGAGGAGGAGGAGGAGGAGGAGGAUGAAGGCGUGGAGUUCGGGACGCUGUCUAAUAAAUUUUCUUCUCGAAAAUAUUAUCACAAAACCACACCACGCUUUCAGAAUUUAAAGCUUCAAGGAGAGGGAGAGGAAGAACCGGAAAGAAAGCCUCGACACGGUCCCAGGAACACUCCGUACUGGUACUUCUUAAAAUGCAAAGCCCUCAUCAAAGACGACAAGCUGGCGGAGGCUCUGGAGCUGUUUGAGGUGCAGAUGCUGAAGGAAGAGCGUGUGUGGCCGGAAGAAAGCAAUUACACUGUUCUAAUUGGCGGCUGUGGCAGGGUUGGCUACGUGAAAAAGGCAUUCAGGCUCUACAAUGAUAUGAAAAAACGAGGCUUAACUCCCACUGAGGCCACUUACACAGCCCUGUUCAAUGCCUGUGCCGAAUCGCCGUGGAAAGACUCCGGCCUGCAGAGCGCUCUCAAAUUACGGCAGCAGCUAAAGAGCAAAAACGAAGAGCUGAACCUGAUCACCUACCAUGCGCUGCUGAAGGUCUGUGCCCUCUGCUCAGAUCUCAGGAUGUGCUUCGAUGUACUGAAGGAAAUCGUGCACAAGGGCCAUGUUCUCACAGCCGAGACCUUCAGCUUCCUUCUCAUGGGCUGCAUAAAAGACAGUGAAAAUGGCUUCCGAUAUGCCUUACAGGUUUGGAAACAAAUGACUAAACUUGGAAUAAAGGGCGACAGCCACGCAUACAAUUUGAUGCUGCGUGCUGCGAGAGACUGUGGGAUAGGCGAUCCAGUCAUGGCUUCUGAACUCCUGCUCAGGUCCACCGAUGAGAACUCAUCUCAGCUAAGGCUUGCACCCGGGACGCAGAAGGAAAAGGUGAAAAAUCGGAGGAAGAAGGGAACUGAGAAUGCAGCUGCUGUCCAGCUAGAUGUGGAAGCCAUGGAAAAGCAAUUAUUUCAGGAGAGUUCAGUGGAGGCUGAAGAACUGAUCCAGCAACAAAAUAAAGAUGUGAAUCAGACUGAAACAGAACCAGCUGCUCUUGACAGCCCCAACAUAGCUCACAGCAGGAUGGGAGCGUUGACGAGGAGAGGCCAGAAUGAGAUGGAGCAGGAACAAGCAUGCCUAAGCCAGAAGCUGCGUUUCUGCAACCUGCCCAACUUGCUGGAUUCCAGGAUGCCUGACGCAGCUGUGGUUUCCCUGGGGACAGUGGCCACACCGUCCGAUCGACUGGCUUUGAUGGGGGACGUGGAGGGCUUCUUGAAUAAAAUGAAAGAGGACAAUGCAGAGCCCAACAUUAAAACAUUUACGUUACUGGCUGCGCUGGUGGAGCCCCAAAGCGCCUCAGAGUCCUCUUUGCUGGCAUGCUUAGAUGAGUGUAAAGUGAAAGCAGAUGUGACCUUCUUUAACACUUUAAUAAGGAAGAAAAGUAAACAGGGAGACUUGGAAGGAGCAAAGAGCGUGCUGCCAGCCCUAGUGAAGAGGGGACUAUCGCCUAACCUCCAGACCUUUUGUAACCUGGCAAUCGCUUGCCACCAAGAGAAGGAUGGACUGCAGUUCCUCUCGGAUAUGAAGAGGUCUGGAGUAACUCCCAACAAGUAUAUCUACAGCACCCUCAUUGCUGCCGCUGUGAGGCAGCUGGAUUACAGUUACCUCACAGAGAUCCUGCGAGACAUGAGGAAUAACCAAGUGCCUCCCAAUGAAGUUAUCAUACGCCAGCUGGAGUUCGCAGCACAGUACCCUCCGAAAUUUGACAGGUAUAAGUCAAAGAACCCAUACCUGGAGAAAAUUGACGGUUUCCGUGGCUACUACUAUCGGUGGUUAAAAGUAAUGGCAGGAGAGGAGACCCCCCACCCCUGGGAAAAAUACAGAACAGUGAAACGUGCGGUAGAUGACAAUAAGGAAGAGGCUGUGCAGGAGCAGCCAGGGCAGAAGUAG